AUGGCCGACCCCUGGGAUGACUGGGAAACGGCCGCGGACGCUGGCUUGGACCCGAAACCUGCAAAAAAAGUGAACGAACAUGAAAAGAACAAACAAAUAUGGCAGGAUGCUAAUGCUUACGCACAACCUGAAAUUAUACGAACCGAUACGACGCGAACAGAAUACGCUCCACAGCUUCGUAUCUUGAGACGACCAAAGGAACCAGGGUCAACGACGAUAACUCAUCCAUCACUCUUGUCAGAUGGCGCCGAUUCCACACCCAAAACUCUUGAGGAACGCGAGGCAAAUUAUAAUGCCGCGCGACAAAAGAUUUUUGGGGCGAAUCAGCAAGAGAAGAUAGUAUCUAAAAGCGAAAUUGGUGUUGAUCCUGAAUCAACAACAAAAGCAUCAGCAGGAGCAGCAAAGCGAGGAGAUAAAGCAGAAGAUAAUAAGAUUAGGGAAAAGAAAAAAUUGUUUGAUCCCGGAGCAACUGAUAAUAAUAAUAGAAACGAUAAUCAAACAAACAAAGACAUUAAAAAUGAAUACACCAUCGUGGGAUCCGGACGAAACUAUAAUAGAUCCCCUGCUUCACCUCCAUCAUUGACGCAAUCACCAAAUUAUGUUAUUCAUCGUAAGAUGUUAGAUUCUUCUCUAAAAAACAAAGAAGGGGAACAACCACCAAAAAUAUUAUUGAAAAGACUAUCACCACCCAGUUCAAUGAGUUCUGCCAAGAGUGGUGAUGAUACCACCCAUCAGAGCCCAAACAUAGUGAACGUCUCAAAGGAGGAAGGUAUAUUAUAA